GGGUGGAGAGUGGGAGGGGGAACGCCACUGUGGGAAGCACACGUGGAUCAUUGGAGUGUGCCUCCACUGUUGGUGUAUUGCUUGCUGCCCCGUUGACACCAGGAUGGUUUAUUAUGCCGAAGGGAAAAAGUACGGCAGAACCGGGGUAGUGAAGUUUGAUGCCGGGGUCUAUGACUCCGACGAUGACUGAACAGUGACUGCCUUUGUCCGUACGGAUACGCUGCUCGGUCAGAUACGCUCUUGGUGUAACAUGGUGGCUUUUUUGUUCUGUGUGUCUGUUUGCAUGUGGCAACCGUUGUCGGCCCGGGCGGAAGUGGCUGCGGCGGUGGUAUCUCUCGAAGCUACCGAACGCACGGCGCUUGUGUCUCAGCUUUGUUUGACGUGCAUGUAUCAGUAAGAGGGGAUCAACGUUUGCUGUUCAAUUUCGAUGUAACGGCCAUGGAGUACAUGAAAUCGAUAUUCCAAGUGGACCCUGGCCUCUUCAGGACAUGCCGGCUGGGUUUUGUGACAUGGUUGUUUUUCAUGUGUUUUUCCCUCGGAGGUGCCUCAGCAGCAUGGUCCUUGCUGCCGUACCAAAGGGCGACCGAUGUUUGGGCAUCGUACUCUGUCAAAGAUAAUCGUACGUUGACUGCGGAUG